AUGGAGAGUGCCGAUGCAUAUAGACCUGGUAGCAUACGCAUAGGAAGCUCUACGAUAUGGAGAAAUAGCUCAUCCGUAGAAGUUUUCUCCAAGUCUUCUCGUGAAGAAGACGAUGAAGAAGCUUUGACAUGGGCCGCAAUCGAGAAACUGCCAACAUAUUCACGUGUAAGGACAGGUAUACUCGCCGAAGAAGGGAGGGAGUUAAGAGAGAUUGAUAUAAAGAAACUCGGAUUGCUUGAAAGGAGGAACCUGUUGGAGAGGCUUGUAAGAGUUGCUGAGGAAGACAAUGAGAAUUUCUUGCUGAAGCUCAGGGAUCGCAUUGAACGAGUUGGAAUUCAGCUGCCAACAAUUGAAGUCCGGUUCGAGCAUUUAAACGUUGAAGCAGAAGUUUAUGAGGGAAAUAGAGCAUUACCAACCAUGUUCAACUUCUCUGUUAAUAUGUUUGAGGGUGUCUUGAAUUACCUUCAUAUUCUUCCGAGCAAAAAGAAAUCAUUGCCCAUUCUUAGUGAUAUUAGCGGCAUCAUCAAGCCUCAAAGAAUGACAUUGCUCUUAGGGCCUCCAAGCUCAGGCAAGACCACAUUACUGUUAGCGUUGGCUGGCAAGCUUGGCAAAGACUUAAAAGUUUCUGGGGGGAUUACUUACAAUGGACAUGGACUGAAAGAGUUUGUUCCUCAAAGGACAUCAGCUUAUAUAAGUCAACAUGACCUGCAUAUAGGAGAAAUGACAGUUAGAGAAACACUGGCUUUUUCAGCAAGAUGUCAAGGGGUUGGAUCUCGUUUCGACAUGUUGGUAGAAUUAUCACGCAGGGAGAAAGAGGCAAAUAUCAAGCCUGAUCCUGAUAUUGACAUCUAUAUGAAGGCAGCAGCACUUGAGGGGCAAGAGGCAAAUGUAGUUACAGAUUAUAUACUCAAGAUACUGGGACUCGAAGUUUGUGCUGAUACCAUGGUUGGAGAUGAUAUGUUACGAGGUAUUUCUGGGGGACAAAAAAAGCGAGUCACCACAGGGGAAAUGCUGGUUGGACCAGCUAAGGUACUUUUUAUGGAUGAGAUAUCUACUGGCUUGGACAGCUCCACAACAUUCCAAAUAGUGAAUUCACUGAGACAAUUCAUUCACAUCCUCAAUGGCACUGCUGUUAUAUCUCUUCUCCAGCCAGCCCCGGAAACAUAUGACCUUUUUGAUGAUAUAAUUCUUCUCUCAGAUGGAAAGAUUGUGUAUCAAGGACCCCGUGAAAAUGUGCUCGAGUUCUUUGAAUACAUGGGUUUCAGGUGUCCUGAAAGAAAAGGAGUUGCUGACUUUUUACAAGAAGUGACAUCAAUAAAAGAUCAAGAGCAGUACUGGGAAAAUAAAGAGCAGCCUUAUCAUUUUGUUACUGCAAGAGAUUUUGCUGAAGCGUUUCAGUCAUUUCACAUUGGUCGAAAAUUGUGUGAUGAGUUAGCAACUCCAUUUGACAAGUCCAAAAGCCACCCUGCAGCUCUAACAGAACACAAGUAUGGUGUCAAUAAGAAGGAACUGCUAAAAGCUUGCAUGUCAAGAGAAUAUCUGCUUAUGAAAAGGAACUUAUUUGUUUAUGUUUUCAAAAUGAUCCAACUCGGCUUUACAGCAUUUGUGUCGAUGACAGUAUUUCUAAGAACAGAGAUGCACCGCAAUACGGUAACUGAUGGUGGGAUUUAUAUGGGUGCUCUCUUCUUUACUCUCAUUGUAAUAAUGUUCAAUGGAUUCUCGGACCUUUCCAUGACCAUAUUGAAACUUCCUGUCUUCUACAAGCAAAGGGACCUUCAUUUUUAUCCUUCCUGGGCAUAUGCUCUUCCCACGUGGGUUCUUAAGAUCCCAGUCACUGUCUUAGAAGUUACCGUUUGGGUAAUAAUGACAUACUAUGUCAUAGGCUUUGAUCCAAAUGUCGGGAGGUUUUUCAAGCAGUACUUUUUACUCCUAUGUCUUAACCAGAUGGCGUCAGGAUUGUUCAGAUUAAUGGCAGCAUUAGGAAGAAAUAUGAUUGUUGCUAACACUUGUGGUGCAUUAGCUUUGCUAGCAGUUCUGGUUAUGGGAGGAUUUAUCUUGUCACACGAUAAUGUGAAGAAAUGGUGGUUGUGGGGCUAUUGGAUCUCACCAUUGAUGUAUGGUCAGAAUGCCAUAGCUGUGAACGAAUUUCUGGGAAAUAGUUGGAGACAUAUUCCAACUAAUUCAACUGAAAAGUUAGGAGUUUUAGUCUUAAAAUCCAGAGGUAUAUUCCCAGAAGCACAUUGGUAUUGGCUCGGAGUGGGUUCUUUGAUUGGAUAUUGUCUCCUAUUCAAUUUCCUGUUUACUUUGGCUCUAAAGUAUCUUGAUCCAUUCGGGAAAAAUCAAGCAGUAAUAUCAAAAGAAACCAUACCUAAGAGAAGUGUUAACACUAAAAGGGAGCCUAUUGAGAUAUCAUCAAGAGGAAAAACGUCUGAAAAAGGGAAAGAAAGCCAAAAAAGUGGAUCGUCUAAUUCACUGUCUGCAACAGCAGGCAGCAUUAAUGAAGCUAGUCAGCUCAGGAAGAAAGGAAUGGCUCUCCCUUUUCAACCACUUGCUAUCACUUUCGAUGACAUGAGAUAUGCAGUAGACAUGCCACAGGAAAUGAAAGCUCAAGGUGUUCUAGAGGACCGGUUGGAACUAUUGAAGGGAGUGAGUGGCACUUUCAGGCCUGGAGUCUUAACAGCUCUAAUGGGUGUUAGUGGUGCUGGCAAGACAACUUUAAUGGAUGUGUUGGCUGGAAGAAAAACAGGUGGUUAUAUUGAUGGAAACAUCACAAUUUCAGGGUAUCCAAAGAAGCAAGAAACAUUUGCUCGCAUAUCAGGGUAUUGUGAGCAAACAGAUAUCCAUUCUCCUCAUGUUACUGUCUACGAGUCCUUGCUAUUUUCUGCUUGGCUAAGACUACCCCCUGAGGUUAAUAAUGUGACGAGGAUGAUGUUCAUUGAGGAAGUCAUGGAGCUUGUAGAGCUGACCCCUUUAAGGAAAGCACUAGUAGGAUUACCUGGAGUCAACGGCCUUUCAACUGAGCAGCGCAAGAGGCUAACCAUUGCAGUUGAGCUUGUUGCCAACCCUUCUAUUAUAUUCAUGGAUGAACCAACAUCUGGCCUCGAUGCCCGGGCAGCAGCAAUAGUAAUGAGAACUGUGAGGAACACUGUGGAUACAGGGCGUACUGUUGUGUGCACCAUCCACCAGCCGAGCAUUGACAUCUUUGAUGCUUUUGAUGAGCUGUUUCUAAUGAAAAGGGGAGGUGAAGAAUUGUAUGUUGGUCCACUAGGUCGCCAUUCUUGCCACUUGAUAAAGUAUUUUGAGGAAAUCAAUGGCAUUCCCAAGAUAAAGGAUGGUUACAAUCCUGCAACUUGGAUGUUGGAGAUCACUUCAGCAGCACAAGAAGAAGUCCUUGGUGUUAACUUCACUGAUAUAUACAAGAACUCAGAACUGUACAGGAGAAACAAAGCAUUGAUCAAGGAGCAUAGCACACCUGCUCCUGGUUCACGAGAUGUACACUUCCAGACUAGAUACUCUCAGCCUUUCCAUAUCCAAUGUCUGGCCUGCCUGUGGAAGCAGUAUGGGUCUUAUUGGCGAAACCCACCAUAUACAGCAGUGAGAUUCAUAUUCACAACUUUUAUAGCUCUACUGCUUGGAACAAUAUUUUGGGAUCUAGGUUCCAAAAGAACAAGGCGACAGGAUAUCUUAAACGCAAUGGGUUCUAUGUAUGCUACAGUAAUGUUUUUAGGAUUUCAAAAUGCUGCAUCAGUCCAGCCGGUUGUGGCUGUUGAAAGAACUGUCUUCUACAGAGAAAGAGCAGCUGGAAUGUAUUCAGCAUUGCCAUAUGCUUUCGGACAGCUUGUGAUUGAAUUGCCAUACACUUUGAUUCAAUCUGUCAUAUAUGGAGUUAUAGUGUACGCCAUGAUAGGAUUUGAAUGGACAAUCCGCAAGUUCUUUUGGUUUCUCUUCUUUAUGUACUUCACCUUGUUAUACUACACUUUCUAUGGGAUGAUGUCUGUAGCUGUUACCCCUAACUUCAAUAUUGCUUCCAUAGUUUCAACAUUCUUCUAUCGGAUAUGGAAUAUUUUCUCAGGAUUCAUCAUUCCUCGAACGAGGAUUCCUAUCUGGUGGAGAUGGUACUACUGGAUGUGCCCCAUUGCUUGGACCUUGUAUGGACUGGUUGCUUCACAAUUUGGGGACAUAGAAGAUAAAUUUGAGUCAGGAGAAACAGUGAAAGAUUUUCUGAGAAGCUAUUUCGGCUAUAGGGAUGACUUUGUUUGGGUUGUUGCGAUCGUGAUUGUUGGAAUUUGUGUGUUCUUCGGAUUCAUAUUUGCCUUCUCAAUCAAGGCAUUCAACUUCCAAAAAAGAUGAUGAUGCCAUAAACAUGGGUUCAAAGCAAUUUGCUGUGCUUAAAGAUAUCCAGGAAACUUUUAUCCUCAAAAAUGCAGUCAAUGCAAUAAACUUUUGUCAAAUAUUUACGGUCUAUAUUCAACCUCUGAUGCAAGAGAUGAACAUUGUUAUAUUUCAUUCUCUUUAACAAAAAGUUUUUUC